UGUCGCAGAAGUAGAGCUUCCACCUCCUAAUCAAAUUCAAUGGCUUCUGCUAAAUCUCCUCUUUCUAUAAAGAUUCUUCUCUUCUUCCACCUCCUUUGCAUUUUCUGCUUCCUACAGACACAUUCCAUCUCCGGUUCUUAUGCAUCGAUUUUCAGCUUCGGCAACUCCCUGGCGGACACCGGAAACUUCCUCCUCACUGGCGCAGUCCGAUUCCCGUUCAUUGGUAGGCUCCCCUAUGGUGAGACCUACUUUCACUACCCAACGGGCCGUUGUUCUGAUGGGCGUUUGAUCGUCGACUUCAUUGCGGAUGCAUAUGGUCUCCCAAAGCUGCUUCCAUAUCUUUCUCCGCAUGCAGAUUUCCGGCAAGGGGUGAACUUCGCAGUCGCGGGAGCUACGGCACUCGAUCCCAUCUUCUUCCAAGAAAGAAAUCUUACUAGUGCAAUGUGGACUAACAUUUCUCUAAGUAUUCAGCUCGGCUGGUUCGACCACUUGAAACCUUCCCUUUGUUACUCAACGGAAGAUUGCACUGAUUACUUUGGUAAAUCUCUUUUUCUCAUGGGAGAAAUCGGUGGAAAUGAUUACAACUAUGCGUUAUUGCAAGGAACGAGCAUUGAAGAAGUUCAAACCUUCGUGCCUAAAGUUGUCGAAGCCAUCGAAUCAGCUACCAGUAGAUUGAUUGAGCAAGGCGCGGUGGAUCUUGUGGUGCCCGGGAAUCUACCGAUCGGAUGCUCCACGAUUUAUCUGACAUUCUUUUUGAGCCCCAACAAGGCAGAUUACGACCAAUACGGAUGCAUAAAAACCCUGAACCGUUUCUCUGAGUACCACAACACACUACUUCAACACUCUUUGGAGAAGUUAAGGCAAAAAUACCCACGAACUAAAAUCAUCUACGCUGAUUACUACGGUGCAGCCAUGCGGUUUUUUCGCUUCCCUCUGCAAUUCGGAUUCAGCAGUGGGGCCUUAUCGGCUUGUUGCGGAGGGGGUGGGCCAUACAAUUUCAACAAUUCAGCACCAUGUGGUUCUGCUGGUUCAUCGGUGUGCAGUGAUCCGUCAACAUACGUGAAUUGGGAUGGCAUCCAUUUAACUGAUGCCGCUUAUCGAGCCAUUGCCACCGGUUUGGUGUAUGGGCCCUACUCUACUCCACCAAUGGCGUCCCCUCAUCUCAGCUGAUUACAACGGAUGGAAGGAGAGUGGGAUGUUAUUGCUUUUUAGUGUUCUGUUCCAAUAAUGAAUAAACUGGUUGAUUUCUGUAUUAACAUUUUAUCUAAUAUCUAAUGCUGUAUUUGUAUAUGUGUCACACAUUCACGAGAUCCAGACCUCUCAUCUGUUGGACUGUCACAGGGAUGGUUCACACCUCAAAUCACAACGGUUUGAUGAACCUA